AAGAAAGGCGUGUUUGUGUGGUAGCGUUUCUUUUUUAAAAAUCUCAAAGCCAAGAGGAACAAGCUGCAACAGCAUCUUCAAAAAUGGAGCGUAAAAUAAAUAGAAGAGAAAAAGAAAAGGAGUAUGAAGGGAAACACAACAGUACGGAAGAUGCUGACCACGGAAAGAACUGUAAAUCCACGCUCACGACCCUCAACGUUGGUGGAUAUUUAUACAUUACUCAAAAGCAAACACUGACCAAGUACCCAGACACUUUCCUUGAAGGGAUUGUAAACGGAAAAAUCCUCUGCCCGUUUGAUGCUGAUGGUCAUUAUUUCAUAGACAGGGAUGGGCUCCUCUUCAGGCAUGUCCUGAACUUCCUACGAAAUGGAGAACUUCUACUGCCUGAAGGGUUUCGAGAGAAUCAACUUCUCGCACAAGAAGCAGAAUUCUUUCAGCUCAAGGGGCUGGCGGAAGAAGUGAAAUCUAGGUGGGAAAAAGAACAGCUAACACCCAGAGAGACUACUUUCUUGGAAAUAACAGAUAACCAUGAUCGCUCACAAGGACUGAGAAUCUUCUGUAAUGCUCCCGAUUUCAUAUCAAAAAUAAAAUCUCGCAUUGUUCUGGUGUCCAAAAGCAGGCUGGAUGGAUUUCCGGAGGAGUUUUCAAUAUCAUCUAAUAUCAUUCAAUUUAAAUACUUCAUAAAGUCUGAAAACGGCACUCGACUUGUACUAAAGGAAGACAACACCUUUGUGUGCACCUUGGAAACUCUUAAGUUUGAAGCCAUAAUGAUGGCUUUAAAGUGUGGUUUUCGACUGCUGACCAGCCUGGAUUGUUCCAAAGGGUCAAUUGUUCACAGCGAUGCACUUCAUUUUAUCAAGUAAUUACCUGUGUCUUGAACAAAGCAACAAGCAUGCAGCCAGCAAGCUUAGGAUAAUCGCAGCAAAGGCAUCCCAAACAAUGUGCCCAACUAGCUCGGUACUACAGAGCCCUGCUGCUAAUCAAUUACUGUGAGCUAACGGUAUGUAAAUUCUAUCGCUAAUGAUGUCCUUCUAUGGGUGGUCCUGCUGUGUGACUCUUAACACCUAAAAUGAAAACAGUGAUCUCCUACAAACUGUAAAUAAAGACUGGAUGCUUUUGCUAUUUGUUUAUUUUUCCUUAAGCUGUCUUUCAAUCAGAAUGUCUUGGGUACUUGCAUAACAAUCAAGCAUGUACAUCAUCCGUCGUUCA